CUAAUCUCGUCGAACUUGUAGCUUCCACAAGCCUGGCCGAAAAACAAGACGGUUCCUCCUCGAAACUUUUGGAAUGAAAGAAACAGGAAUGCAGCGGAUAAAAAUGGAGAACUUAUUUUUAGCUGUGGUGGCUAUCUGUUUGUUACCACACUCUCUACAUGCUGCCGACAUCCAGCUGACAGCUGACCCGCUGCAGCUCAUCCCGGUCCUAGCGCCCUCUCUGACGGUCACGUGUCAGCCGGGUCCAGCGGUGGACAACUACCGGGAGGUGUACUACCUGCAGCUGACCAAGGAGGAGCGGGGGGAGCAGCAGGCGGUGGCCAGCCUGCGGGCCGGCCAGGCCCCCGCCCAGUACGUCGCCGACCCCAACAUGAUCACCAGCGGCCGACUGGUCGAGGGCUCGCCCUCCACUGCCCGCUUGGAGAUCUCCGUACACAAUCCAACAGCCCAGCACGCCGGACUGUAUCGGUGUGAGAUCGAAGGAUUGGGACCCGACGGAGAGGAAGUCUAUAAAUCGGCAGUUGUGAACGUCACUGUGCAUCCUCAGUCCGAGGUUGCGAACCUCUUCCUCAAAGUGAUCGUGUCCACCCUCAGGGAGGAGACGGAGGCGAUUCAGCAGCAAACCACUCAAGUCCUGGCGGCGACGCAGCAACUGGAAAAUGAAAUCGCGGCCAAGCGGAGAGAAUUAGAAAAACGAAAAGUCGACCUGCAGAACCUUCGAAAUCAAGUGGAGGCGAUCCGUGCGAAAGUGUCCCAGGAGGAGGCUGCACUCAACGCCACGGCGGAGGACCUGCUGUUCAGGGCGGAGAACCUGUCGCUGAGGUACCCGGCAAGCGGGUGGCCUUCAGUGUCACGGAGCGAACAGAGAAGAACUACGGGGCAGGGGUGCAAGUACUCUUUGAAACUGUCGAGCUCAACGAAGGAAACGGGUACAACGUCUCUACAAGCAUCUUCUCGCCUCCCUUACAUGGAGUGUACUUCCUGUCCUCUGGUCAGCUGACCCACGACACAGCCGCCGCUAGCGUCCGAGCCUUCUCACUCAAGGCCAACGCGACGUUGUUGAGCAGCACCUUCAACAGCGACGACCGUCAAGGCUCGACCUACCAACAGUCCAGUGUCAGCACCAUCGCCCUGCUUGGUCCUCCGACCUGGUGACUGUGGUCCAGCAGCUGGCUCCACCGCCACCUCCAACCUCGUCCCCUACCAGAACACCAUCAACGGCCUGGCAACGUGCUUCAACGGUUACCUCCUUUUCGGAGUUUGACAUGUUUGUCUUGAGCUUGCUUGUGAUGUUUGACACUCGUUGGCAACUGAUGUUUGACAUCAGCUUGUCUUUGCCGGAUGUCGCACAGCAACUGUUGGAUUAAAAUUAUUGCUGAAGCUA